ACGUGAUCUCCAAGAAGGCGUGUUAGCUAUGUCGUCAUGAGAAGCACACAACACACACACUCGUGGUCACGCACGCACAAGUGUAACAAACAUAGCGGCAGAAGCUUUGAAAAUUAGCGACUCGCGGAGCGCUCCGCGUGCAUCUGCGGUUAAUCCUCGAGAAAAGUAGUGGAGUGAAAGUUGAAAGAAGCGUCCGGGUCGUCGUCGAAAAUCAUGGAGGAAGACAUUGAUGAGCGUCGAAAGCUGCGAGUGAAGGAGCGUCGUCACUACACGGAAGACUGUCUUCAGGACGACGAAAUCGAAGGGCGAAGGAUGUUUACCGUGGAGGAUAAAGUCACCAGCCCCGCUUUCACCUGCACCUUCGUUAAAGAGAUGAAGGGGGAAGAUUUUUCUCUGAAGUACUUCCAAGAGAAUGGAUUUGAGUACCCUAUGCUGUUCAAGAGCAAGGCAAACAUGGGAAUGAGGUUACCAAGCCACAAUUUUACAUGUAAUGACGUCCGGCAAUGUGUCGGGAGCCGCAGGAUCCUGGACGUGAUGGACGUGACCACCCAGAAGGACAUUGAGAUGACGAUGAAAGACUGGUGUCGUUACUUUGAAAACCCCAACCGUGACAAGCUCCUCAACGUCAUCAGCCUCGAGUUCAGCCACACCAAGCUGGAGAAUUAUGUCGAGUCGCCAAGCGUGGUCCGCCAGGUGGACUGGGUGGACGUGGUGUGGCCGAGGCACCUGAAGGAGCUCCAGACGGAGGGCACCAACGCCAUCGAGGACAUGAGAUACCCCAAGGUCCAGAAGUACUGUCUGAUGAGUGUAAAAGGCUGCUACACAGACUUCCACAUCGACUUUGGAGGAACAUCUGUCUGGUACCAUCUGCUGCGUGGGCAAAAAGUGUUCUGGCUGAUCCCUCCCACCAAGCGCAACUUCCAGCUGUACGAACAGUGGGUGCUCUCUGGCAAGCAGGGGGACGUCUUCUUCGGGGAGACCGUGGAGAAGUGCGACCGCGUCACACUCAACGAGGGCGACACCUUCUUCAUACCCACGGGCUGGAUCCAUGCCGUCUAUACACCUGUAGACGCGCUUGUGUUUGGGGGUAACUUUCUGCACAGCUACGGCAUCGAGAAACAGCUCCAGAUUGCCCAGAUAGAAGAUGCCACACACGUGCCCUUGAAGUUCCGCUACCCAUUCUACCGGGAGAUGCUGUGGUACGUGCUGCAGCGCUAUGUCCAGUGCCUGCUGGGCAUCAACCACCUGACAUGCAAUGAGGAUGGGGACCCCGUGGAGGCGCCUCGACGCGGUGCCGCCGGGUCCCGGCCGUCUCCUGCAGGGGGGCCGUUCUCGGCCGGUGCUCCAUUGGGCAGCCAGGGCGCACCGGGUGACGGCAGCUCGUUCCUGGACUUGAGCACGCUGUCGCCCAAGCCCCUGACCAACGGCAACCCCGGCUCGAGUCCCACCAUGCAGGCCGAAGACUCCAUGGACUCGGCCGAUGAGCCGGGCAGGCGCACCUACGCGCCAGGCCACGUGCACCUGACACGCAGGGAGAUAGAUGGGAUCCGGAUGAUUAUCCGGUGGCUGCAAAAGCUUCCCGCCAACAAAAAGUUUGUUCCAGACCUUGUCCGAGACCCGGACGCCCUGUUGGCUGACGCCAAACGCCUGGUGAAGGAGCACAAGCACGACGACCCACUGCUUGCAGUCACCGACAAGCCGGUCCUUUUCUGGCCAGAGAGCAAGAAAAAGAGCAAGCCCCGGGUGGGCGGACCCCCGUCGGGCAAGCACUCGUCCAAGGGGGGCGGCCGGGGCUCGGACAAGGACAAGAACGGGGCGAGGCGUCGGCGCACGCGCUGCAAGAAGUGCGAGGCCUGCCUGCGUGCCGACUGCGGGGACUGCCACUUCUGCAAGGACAUGAAGAAGUUUGGCGGCCCCGGGCGCAUGAAGCAGUCCUGCAUCAGCCGACAGUGCAUGGCCCCGGUGCUGCCCCACACGGCGUGCUGCAUGCUAUGCGGCCGGGACGGCUGGGAGAAGGGUGCGCCCCCGCAGCCCUGCGACCAGGAGGCCUGCUCCUCACUCAUGGAGUGCUCCCAGUGCUGGGAGAUUGUGCAUCCGGCCUGCCUGCACGAGCGCCACCCCGCCCUCCGGGGCGCCCAGGGUUGCGUCAGCGACGACCUGCCCAACAGCUGGGAGUGCCCCAAAUGCUGCCGCGACGGCAAGCCCGACCAGGUCAAGCCACGACACACUCGAGGGAGGGUGUCGAAAGGUCCACAUGACGGCCGGCCAGACUCAGAGUGCACUCCAUGCGGUGAUGCUACCGGCGGGAGCUCCCCCGUGGCGCGCGGCAACCCGGCGCUCAACCUCACUCUGCGGCCCCACGAAGCAGCUGCCGCCGCCGCAGAACUCAGCUCCUCCGAGCUGGACGUCUGCGGCGCGCCAGCCAAGAAGAAGAUCAAGACAGAAGGACCUCAGGAACCCCUCGAGUACGACGGCAUGCCUUUGUCAGACGACCCGGUUCAGCAAGUACAGCCUGCCGCCAGCAAUGGAGACAUCAGUGACGAGGACAUGUGCAAGGACAACGUUGGCCUUGACGCAUCCGCAUUGAACCGACCCCGGAAGGACGACUACGUGCGCUCGUGCUCCCGGCUCACGGUGGCUGUACCGGACAAGAAGCCCGUUAUUGUCAAGAGCUCGCACGACCAGAUCGUCCAGUCCAUGCGCGGCCUGCACAAAGGCUCGGAGCCGGAGGCGGCCGAGGCCGCCGCCCUUCCCCUCUCCGUCCCGCCAGGGGGAGAGUUUGUGUCCCGGACAGACAGCCCGGACUCGAACAAGGAGGACCGGAACCCCACUGCCAAUGGCGGUGCACCCCCGGAGUACAUCCUGAGCGGCGCCUCGCACCCUGGCGACUUCAAGCUCAAGAUGACUCUACGAGACAGGGGCAACCUGAGGAAGCCCCGCUACGUAGUCCGCCCUGCGCCUCUGCCCGAGGACCUGGAGAAGGCCAAGAUGCCGCCGGCCGUCCAAUUACCGGCGGACGCCAAGGGCCCCUGCUACGCGCUGCUGCGAGAGGCCAUGCUGCCUGUCCUGCGCUACCUGACGCCCCGCGAGCUCUCGCAGUGCCAGCUGGUGUGCAAGGCCUGGAACCGCUGGUGCGUGGAGCCCGGCAUGUGGCGGCGGGUGGACCUGUCGCGGCGCCGGGUGACUGCUCACGCGCUGGCGGGCAUCGUACGGCGCCAGCCCACUUGCCUGGACCUGGCCUGGACCAACGUGUCGGCCAAACAGCUCAGCUGGCUGCUGCCCCGGCUGCCCCACCUCAGGGAGCUCGGGCUGAGCGGCUGCUCGGCGGCGGCGGUGGUGGCCGCCCUGCGGUCGGGCGUCUGCCCGGGGCUUCGCUGCCUGGACCUCAGCUGGGUCGAGGGCCUGGGGGACCAGGCCGUGAGGGACCUCGUGGCCCCCGACGCCCGUUCCAAGCCCCGCCUGCUCGUGGAGGUGCGCCUGGCUGGCUGCGACAUCUCCGACGUGGCCGUGCGUCUGCUCGGCCACCAGCUGCCCCAGCUGAGUCGCCUCGACCUGUCGGACUGCCGUGGAGUCACGGACAUGGGCAUCGCGGUGCUCGGGGCGGCCAAGGCCUCGCGCCUCACGGCGUUGGAUGUGUCGCGCUGCGCCAACGUGUCGGACACCGGAUUGGAAGCACUCCGGCGCUGUUCCGGGCUGCGCCACCUGGACCUCCGCGACUGCCCGCAAGUGACAGACUCGGCAUGCCGCCGCUUUGUCGCGCAGAGUCGCCUGCCCGUCGAGCUCAAGGAGAGCAAGUUGAUAGAGCUGGUGCAAGCCUGAGCGGGCCGUCUCUUUUCUCUCUGCAUCCUUCUUUUUCCCUCCUGGCCUAAAGGUUGUUUUCUUCCCGUUUCUGCUUCAUCAUUUGUCUUCUCUUCGAUAGCCUUCAAGGGGCAGGCAUAACCCGGUAUUCUCGAAACCUGGUACGCCGGUUGGUUUUCUGUGGAGACUGGUAGUUUUUGCCCGGUUAUGUGUGCUCACCCCAAGUUCACUCCUACUACCGCUUCGGCAUUCCGAGUCUCUCGCAGCUUUGUCUUGCGGCUUAAAAUCCCUUCUUUUUAUGAGCUGUCUUUUGUGUGUCUGUUUUGUUUCUCUCCAGAACAUGAACAGCUGUUAAUGUCUGUGUUUUUUUGUUUUUUUUCCUCCUUCACUAACUUUUGUGGGGAAGUCUUUUCGUUUCUUGCAAGCAUACUUAUAAGUUGCUUUCUUUUGUGCAAUUUUUAGUUUGACAUUCCCACAGAAAAAGAAAACUGUAGCGAGACUACAUUUGCUCAUAACUGCUUUGAGCCACCUAAUACGACAGUUUCGUUAUUUUCCUACCUCAGCAGCUGGGGUGCAGUCAAAGGCAUUUGUGCCCUGGAUUGUGCUGUCAUAUAACCGAGAGUUUUAUAGUUUUGCUUUUUUCUAAUCAUGUAAUUUAUUGACCCUUAGUGUUUCACAAUGUGUGCAACAAAACAUUUGCACUGUAGCGCUUCUCUCCUUGUCCGUGAGUGAGGAGAAUUAUUUUGUACACAGACUGGAAAACAUGUAAAUAGUUUCAGCAACCAUCAUAUAAACUCGUUCUAGCGGGCAACGGAGACCAAGUUCUGUUCCCGUCUCAUUGUUUUCAUUAAUGACACAUCAGUCUUGUAUAUAUGAAAAGUGCUCAUAGUCCCUUGUGUCCUUGUUUAAGCAAGUUUCUUCAGAAAAAAAAAAAGAAAAAUGUUCUAAGUAAAAAAAAUUGAAGCUUUUCUUUGCUUAAACCCAUUGUCAGUGUCAUCUUAUUUUGCUGCACAUUUCACACUGCAUUUCAGUUUCACUGCCAUAGCGACUCAUGUGUUAAAAUGUAUAAAAUUGCACUGGUUUUUGUUUUAAUAAAUUUGAAGAUUAAA